AUGGCGCUGGCGCUGGCGCGGCGGCUGCUCCGCCUUCGUCCCCACCUCGGCACGCUCCCGCUCCUAUCCUCCAACUCCUCGCACUUCCUCGGGACUCGCACCUACAUCUCUGACAUGCGCCGCUCCGCCUUGGUCGACCGCCUCCUCCGCUCCGUACGCUCCGAGAUCUCCUCCCUCAAUAACUUCGCCCCGCCACCGUCACCCCCACCCCCUACUCCAUUCACCGUCGUGGACCGCCCCGGCGAGCAGUGGGCCCGCCUGCGCCGCGUGUUCCCUGCGGCCGAGGGGGAGGAAGAGGAGGUCAGGGUGGACGCCACGUUGGUCGACGGCGCGCUUCCUCCCUCCCGCUCGGGCGCGGACACGGGCGGCCAGCCCAGGCUGCACAUCAGCGUCAAGGUCGAGGUCUCCAAGGCCGCGCGGCCUGGAGUGGUGCUCACCUUCGAGUGCUCCGCGUGGCCCGACGAGAUGGAGGUGCGGAGGGUCUUUCUCGUCCGCCGCGGCGGGCCUGCCCCAGUGCAGCAGUACGUCGGCCGCCAAUUCAGGUGA